AUGUCCGGGGAAUCGGUCGAGGAGGGCUCGGGGUGGAGCUCGAACGGGAGCGCCAACGCCACCCCCGCCGCCAACCGCUCCUGCGACCCGGAGCUCCGCGCCGCCGAGGCGGGCUCGGACGGCGCCGCGGCGGUGCGCAUCGUCAUCUCGGCGGUGUACGCGCUGGUGUGCGCGCUGGGCCUGGUGGGCAACUUGCUGGUGCUCUACCUGAUGAAGAGCAAGCGCGCGUGGAAGAAGUCCCCCAUCAACCUGUUCGUCACCAGCCUGGCGCUGACCGACUUCCAGUUCGUGCUGACGCUGCCGUUCUGGGCGGUGGAGAACGCGCUGGACUUCACGUGGCUCUUCGGGCGCCUCAUGUGCAAGACGGUGUCCUACGUGACGGCCAUGAACAUGUACGCCAGCGUCUUCUUCCUGACCGCCAUGAGCGUGGCGCGCUACACCUCGCUGGCGUCGGCGCUGCACGGCCGCCGCCGGCGCCGUCGCGGGGGCGGCGGCCCGCGGCGGCCGCUCCCCGUCCCGCGAUGCGGCGCGGCGCGCUGCGUGGCCGCCUCCAUCUGGCUGGCGGCCGCCUGCGCGGCGCUCCCGCACGCCGUCUUCUCCACCACGGUGCGCGUGUCCGGCGAGGAGGACCUGUGCUUGGUGAAGUUCCCGGAGAGCGAGGGCGCCAGCGCGCAGCUGUGGUUGGGACUGUACCACGCGCAGAAGGUCCUGCUGGGCUUCGUGGCCCCCCUCGCCAUCAUCACCGCGUGCUACCUGCUCCUCUUGCGCUUCGUGGCGGCCGGCGACGACGCCAACGCGCCGAGCGCCAAGAGACGCGCCAAGGUGACCAAGUCGGUCACCAUCGUGGUGCUCUCCUUCUUCCUGUGCUGGCUUCCCAACCAGGCGCUGACGGCGUGGGGCAUCCUCAUCAAGCUCAACGUGGUGCACUUCACCUACGAGUACUACACCACGCAGGUGUACGUGUUCCCGGUCUCCGUGUGCCUGGCGCACUCCAACAGUUGCCUCAACCCGGUGCUCUACUGCCUGAUGCGCCGCGAGUUCCGCAAGGCGCUCAAGAAACUCUUCCGCAGGAUCGCCUCGCCCGCCUUCGCCACCGUCAUCAGGCCAAUCGCCCGCUCCACCAAGCCCGAGGCGGACGAGCGGGGACGGGUCGGGCACGCGCGGCCGUCGCCCCGGGGGGCGCCCCCGCAGGGGCCCGCCGCGGUGCUCUUCUGCCCACCGGGGGCGGCCACGUAA